AGAGUUUAAACAGCAUAAGUGUUUUCUUUGAUGGGUCCGGAUCAACCCGUUGAGAGUUAUCUUCUUGAAUCCCUGAUCAAAUCUGCAAUUCGUCGACGUUGAUGCCGGAGUAACAGUGGCAUGGCGGAGGCAUUGGCCAUUGCAGUAGGAAAAUACACAUACGUACAUGAAGUGGGUAAAGGCCCACCUGAAGCCAUUGACGCUCACCAUAUUGUGGUUCGAAGGAGUAGAGAAAAGGGUUUCAAUUUAUGCCUAUUUACUCUUCUCCUUUUUGCCUAUCCCACCUUUCUGUUAUUCCGGCAGGGAAAGCUAGAUACUCUUCAUAUUUGGAGCUUAGUUAUCAUGACAUUGCUUAUGAGGUUAUUUCUAAAGAAGCCAGUUAAGAAAGAGUCUGUUCUAAUUCUUCCAGCUUUUGGAGUUCAACUUGAGACUCAGUAUGGAAGGUACUUACUGCUCCUGUGUAGAGUUCGCCAGUUUGUCCCCAUCAGCAGGAUUUUGAAACCAGUGCUGACAGAAUGUGUCACACCAAUCACCUGUUAUUGGAGUCUGUCUUUGAUUAUUCGAGGAGAGGAAGAACUUAUGCUAGUAUUCAAGGAAUUACGUCCACCAGUGAAGAUGUUAGCGCCCAUCUGGAAGGCUUUAUGUGCUGCCAUUGAAUGUGGAGAAUGCACGGAGACGAUUACAUAGAUUGUAAUAGUAUAAUCUCAACCAAUUCAAUUCUAGUAUAAAUUUUUUUUCCAGCAUUUGUAUUCUUUACAUUUGAAGUUGUAAAUGGCAUUGAUAUAGUCCUCCAUAUUAUCAUCACACAUGCUUCCUGCAAAAUGGCUAAAUCAUAUGAGCCCUGUUACUGCACUGAAA